AUGCAGGAUCUUCGUUUGUAUCAUGUAUGGGUAUCCACCUAUGACGAUCACCAAGAAGCCAACCAAAGGGGAACAGAGACUGUGCGCGAAGCUGAAGGGGACCAUUCAUUAGCUUCGAGUGCAGCUGAUCCUUUUGUGCCCGGAAAUGGAGCUGGUGAUGCGAGGCCCAAGCCAAAACCAAAACCAAAACCAGCCCCCAAGGCAAAGACUGACGAACAAUUGGCACGUGCAGCUGUGGUCAAGGCAAAUGCGAACUUGCUGGAAAUCUCCCAGUGGCGAUACAAACUUGAGUCUGCAGGGAUGGCAAAGGCCGUUGCGGAAGCAUUUGUUUUCCAAAUGGAAUCUGAAGCCUCAAAGUUACGUGCUGCCAAGACUGCCCUUGAGGGUGCCCUGAGUACAGGGGCAUCGUUGGUAGAUGUCACAAAGGACUUGCAUACUGCCAACACAGCUUACAAUGAAGCCAGCAUGCAGGUCCGAAAAAAUUGUAAUCACAGCUAUGCAGACUAUCUCAUCUCCUCCCUCGGCCGAGGUGCGACCUCAUGUGCCGAACUUCAGCGUGCAGCGGAAGCCUCUGUCCAAGAGGCAAGUGGCAAAUUUGUCAGAGAUCAGGCUGCUAUUGACCGGUACUGGCAGCACACGACCGAGUUUGGGUGGCAUUCACGGGACCACCCUGCUUUUGCUGCAAGGGCCGCUCUUCUCUCUGGGUGCCAUCCGGACAAAGAUUUUGAAGGGAACCCAUUGCCUGCUUGGCUUGAUCGAUUGAAAGGCAAGUCCAUCGCAGGAUUCUUUGGCAGUGGCAAGCUAGAAGAUCAACUGAGGGAACUCUCGACUCGCUUCAGGGCAUGGGCUCGUGUUCAAGGACUUGAGCAUUCGCAAGGAUUCUUGACCGUGGGGAUGCUACACAUCACAGAUGGUUUUCCAGCAUUGACAUGCAAGGCCUGGAAUGGCCAGGUGCUUCUGGCAUUUUUGGACAUUUGUGUGGCAAACCUGUUCCAUCAACACGCGGAAGAAGAAAUUGAAUUGGCAUCAUUGGCUGCCAGGGCCAUGGUCUGUUGGUUCGACCGUUUGUCCCGCUAUCCACGGUAUCUCUCAGAGUUUCAAUCCAGAGACAUUUCCAGAUACGGAUUCACCUUUCUGAGACUGUACCAGAAGUUGAGCUACUACUCGGUGAUCCACAAGUGUGCGCGAUGGAAGCUUAUUCCUAAGCAUCAUCCCUACAGGCAUCUCAAUGAGGACAUGGCCAUUCGAAGGAUGAAUGUUCGAUACGUUCACACUUUCAAGGAUGAGGACAACGUUGGUGUUGUCAAAAAAUUAGCUGAAAAGGUGACCAAGGGGGAAUUGAUGGAGUACUGA